CUUUUGAAUUUGCAUCUGCAUCGACGCGCCUGUUUUCGGUAGCCUUGAUUGUUUGUCCACUUUGAUAAGGCUUUGAAUAACUGGUGUAUCUACCGUCUAGAAUCUGACAUUCUGACAUGAGUGACAUCAAAAGCGAGAUGAAUAGUUCACAGUUUGUUCUUCGUGCAAGAGGUUUGCCUUGGGGUGCAAGUGCAGAAGAUGUUCAAGACUUUUUCAAAGAUUGUAAUAUAGUGGAUGGUCUAAAUGGUAUUCAUUUUACCUAUGGAUUGGAUGGACGGCCCAGUGGAGAAUGCUUCGUUGAACUGGCAUCAGAAGAAGAUGUUGAGAAGGGGAUGGCCAAAGCUAACCACCAUAUUGGUAAAAGAUACAUUGAAGUGUUUCGCUCUAAACCAGAAGAAAUGGACUGGGUAAUAAAGCGUAUGGGACCACCACAGGACAAAGACUUUGAAUCAGUUGUCCGUCUACGCGGGUUGCCUUAUGGCUGUUCGAAAGAAGAAAUAGCACAAUUUUUUACAGGGUUCGAGAUAGUACCGAAUGGGAUAACCAUCACAUUACAGGAGGAGGGGAAGACCUCAGGGGAAGCAUAUGUGGAGUUUGCUUCACCAGAUAUAGCUGAGCAAGCCAUGCAAAAAGACAAGGAAAAGAUUGGGCACAGGUAUAUUGAGUUGUUUAAGAGUGCCAAGUCAGAGAUACGCUAUGUGACCAAGCCCAAGCCUUUGAUGUCUACCAGGCCUGGUCCAUAUGACAGAACAGGCUCAUUUGGUGGACCUCGUUUUGGGCGUGGUGACUAUGAAAGAAGACAUAGAGGUGGUGGAGGAAGAGGAAACUUUGGUCCAGUGUUUGGUGGUGGGUUCAACAGUGGUGGUUUUAAUGAAUUUAAUAACUUCAGUGGAGGCAGAGGGCGUGGUGGACGUGGUGGUAGAGGAGGACAUGGACGUGGUGGGGGCGGUGGUGGUGGAGGGUUUGGGUUCUCUGGCAACAGUUCAACUGGUCAUACAGUUUGUAUGAGAGGACUACCUUUUGCUGCCAGAGAGAAUGAUAUCAAGCAGUUCUUUAUGCCAUUAAACCCUGUUGACAUCAAGAUAAAAUGGGGAUCUGAUGGACGGUGUUCUGGUGUAGCUGAGGUUGACUUUGCCACUCACUCAGAUGCCCAGGCUGCAAUGUUAAAAGAUAGACAGUCCAUGGGUCAUCGGUACAUAGAACUAUGCCUGAACUCCAUACCUGAUGGUAGUGGAGGUGGAUGGAAUCAGAACAACAGAGACAAUCAGGGUAACUUUGGUGGUUCAAAUGUGAGCAAUAACAACAUGGCAUUUAACAACACUGGAAACUUUGGUGGUAAUAACAGCAAUUACACCAGUUUUAGCAACAACCAAAACCAACCAACAAACCAAGGAAACAACUAUGGCAAUCAACAGAACACUGGAAACUUUGGUGGCCAAGGAAACGUUGGAAACUUUGGUGGACAACAAGUUAUAAACACACCACAACAAAACAACAUGUCAAACCAACCCUUUAACCAAAACACAAACUUUUCAAACACACAAAAUACAGGAAGCUUUGGCAGUAAUGUUGGUUAUGGUCAGUCAGGAUACAGUAAUUACAGCAGCACAUAUCAAACACAACAGAAUGCUAACUUUGCAGGGCAGGCUGGCCAGGGAUCAGCACCUUUCAACCAGAUCCAACAACAGCAGCCACAACAGCAACCUCAAAACCCUCAGCAGACAGGGUACACCAACACAUAUCCUUCUUCUGGGGGUGAUUCGUUCUUCGCCAACAUGAGUCAGAUGAAACAAGAUCCUAAUACACAGGGAAAUACCAUGUCAUACCCUGGCUACUAAUGCUAAUACAUUUUAGAUAAAGUUAUGAGUGCACAUAUAUCAUAGUCUCAUUAUAGGUGCUCACGCUUCUUUUCAAGAGAUUGCUAUAAGCACCCCUGACAUUUUUUUCUAUAGAAAAAGUUUUAUUUCAUAAACAAACCAACUACAAAAUGGCUACAAAACUAUAUGGCUUGCAUAGUAAAGAAUGAAAGCKUGUCUAGGUUCUUCAAUGGUACAUAGAGUAAACACACUUGAACAGAGAAUGACAGAUAAACAGCAUUCUCUUCACCAAGUCAGUAAACAUUUCUGUAUUAAACAAUUUUUCUGAUAAGCACACUUCUCCAUUUGGUUUGAUUAUUAAUAACUUAAUGUGCAUUUGUUGCUGUUUAUUCAUCAUUAUCUCACUUGUAUCUUGUGAAUAGCCUGUGUAUUGGAUUACAAGCAGUAAAUAAAAAUGGUCUCAAACAAUGCAAGUCACUCCUUCAGCUUACAAAGAACAGRGACAAACAGUUUGCAUAACAUGAAAAAGGGAACCUUUUAUGACAAGCUCACUGUCUKCCUCAGUUUAAAGCAAAUGUAAAAGCUACUUUUCAAUUACUUUUUGUUUGGCCUGGCAUAAUAAAAUAAAAUCUUGUGUUUAGUGUU